AUGGAAACUGGACAGGGUUCGCCAUCUUACUACAGAGUUCUUGGUGUCAGUUCGGACUCUUCCAUUGAAGAUAUAAGGCGUGCUUACCGUAAGCUUGCUAUGCAAUGGCAUCCGGACAGGUGGACAAGAACACCUUCUUUGUUGGGUGAAGCCAAGCGAAAAUUCCAGCUUAUUCAAGAAGCCUAUUCAGUGUUAUCAGACCGGAGGAAGCGGACCAUGUACGAUGCAGGCUUAUAUGAUCCUGAUGAGGAAGACGACGAGGGAUUCUGUGAUUUUGUGCAAGAAAUGGUCUCUCUCAUGGCCGAAUCCAGAAGAGAGGCAAAGAAUUAUAGCAUGGAGGAUCUACAGACAAUGUUGAUGGAGAUGGCCCAAGGGUUCGAGUCUCCUCCUCCGUCUUUGUUCUGUGGACAAUCAGCUUUUGAACAGUCUGGAUGCUUCAAGACCAAGAGGACGCGUCUGGAAUCUCAUUCAGGGGUGGACGGCUCAGCUCUACACGUACCAAGCCUAGGAAAUGGCUUCUUUUCAUUUUAG